AUGGGAUCUGUACCACUAGAGCUUGAUACAGAGCUUCCGCCAGGAGCAUGGGACAGCCACGUCCACGUCGUCGACGAGUCUACGCAAGGGGUCGCCCACAGCUGUAUCGUUGCCUUUUCGGUUUACAAGAACGACAACUCGUCAAUAUUAGAUGCACUCCUACGCUUGGGAGGCAGAGGCAGGGCGGUGGCCUGCAUCGAUCCGGAGACCGUGACAGAAGAAGAACUCCGUCAACUACACGAGGCCGGAGUUCGUGGAGUCCGAAUCAACCUAAAGACAACAUGUACAAGAAUUGAUACGAAUGAUCUCGCUGAGCUAUUGCAGAAAUAUGCGCGCCGUAUCAGACCGUACAACUGGGCGAUCCAGUUGUUUGUGGCGCUCGAUCAGGUUCCGCAGCUGGUGGAUAUCGUGCCCAAGAUAGGCUUGCCGGUCAUUCUCGACCAUAUUGCAGACCCGAAUCCUUCCAAAGGUCUCGUGCAGAAGCAGGAGGGAUACGAAGAGUUCAUGGGCUUGCUCAGGUCAGGUCUAGUGUGGACGAAACUGAGUGGAACCUAUAGAUUCGAGGGCGUGCCUGGCCUGGAUGAGUAUGUCAUCAGCAUACUGCAGACUGCUCCAGACAGGGUGGUGUGGGCAAGCGAUUGGCCUCACAGUGGCGGCGUAUCUGCCAACCCUGGAGGAGAUAGAAACAAAAUGCAGGACUACAGACAGAUAGACGACCAAGCUUGGAUUGCCAGGUGCAAAGCUUGGUGCCAGAAAGCUUCGACAAACGGAGAGGACCUGGUUAGGAAAAUCUGGGUGGACAACCCUAGGAAGCUGUGGCAGUACGGUGCCGAUGACUAG